AUGCAGCCGUUCCAAUCAACAACCCGCCCGGAGGGACCCCGGGAGUCCUCCCCCGAGCGCGCCAAGUCCCCGGACACCCCGGCUCCGGUCCUCAACUUCUCGAUAGCGCGGCUGAUGGAGCCGGAUAGAAAGAAGUCCGUAUCCCCCGAACCGCUGCCCCCGCCACCGACCGGAUUUCUGUCCUACGGGGCUCAACUGCUAGAUUCCGCGUUCAAGCAAUACAUACCUGCGGCUAGAAGACAACUUGUCUCGCACUAUCCUCUUCUGUAUUACGGGCCGGAUUUGGUAUCGCUGACUUACGCCCACCAGCUGCACCUCCCAAGACCACCACCUGUACAGUCACCGGUGCAGCGACCGCCGAGUCCAAGAGCUCCUGCCGCGGAACAUGCAGUGUCUUCGACCACCGGACCAACGCCUUCACCUGCUAAGAACAAGAGCUUCGCGUGUGGCGAUUGCGGUAAAGUUUUCAAUGCUCACUACAACCUAACCAGGCAUAUGCCAGUCCAUACAGGGGCUAGACCGUUUGUGUGCAAGAUUUGCGGGAAAGGCUUCCGCCAGGCGUCCACUUUAUGUCGGCAUAAAAUUAUCCAUACAUCAGAAAAGCCACACAAGUGCCUCACAUGUGGUAAGGCAUUCAACCGCUCAUCGACCCUGAACACCCACGCUAGAAUCCACGCCGGGUACAAGCCCUUCGUUUGCGAGUUCUGCGGCAAAGGAUUUCACCAGAAAGGCAAUUAUAAGAACCACAGGCUGACCCACAGCGGCGAGAAAGCCUACAAAUGUAACAUAUGCAACAAGGCUUUCCACCAAAUCUACAACCUGACGUUCCACAUGCAUACCCAUAACGAAAGGAAACCAUUCACCUGCAGUAUAUGCGCUAAGGGCUUCUGCAGGAACUUCGACCUAAAGAAGCAUACUAGAAAGCUGCAUUUAGGUGCUGGUGGAUCAAACAACGACUCAUCCCUCGAUACUCAAGAUGAGUCAACCCAAGAGGCGUCAACAAGUCCAACCGACGAAACCAGUAGAGCAGCCUUUAGACCUUUUUUAGGUACGACAUACCCAAGGAUCCUCGAUCCAGCUCGAAUGACUGCUCCUAACGCGUUCUUUUCCAAAUUAUUGUGA